AACUGGGGCCUCACAUGCGGCGACGCGGAUGGCAACCAUCAGCAAGAUAUCGGCCAGGCCAACCUUGGCUGAAUACGUUCCCUGUACCUUCUUUACAAACAUGUCAUCAGGUUGGCACGUGUCCGAUGACCUUUGCGACGGACGUCAAGCGGCGCUGCUAUGCCAACGAAGCUCCUGAGAAGCGACAAAAUAGAUUUCAAUCCUGCUCCUCAGAACUGCGAGAGCCAUGAAGGUAGCAGUAGGCCUUACUUGGGCAUCACUGGCCUCGUUUGGCAUCGCUUCGCCGAUCACGAACAACCAUGAGUGCAUCUUUGCCUUUAACAUUGCCGGCGAUCCUCAGCCUCACUACUUUGUCUUCAAUCUGCUGCAAAAUGCUAGCAGUCUUGUCUACGAUGCCAUUCGUAUAGACGGUCUGCCCGAUAUCCACACGAAAGCAUACCACACGGAUGUCUUGUGGCAAAAGAACAAGAAGCACGACGUUAGCCGCUUCACGGUCAACGUUGACACGUCGACGUAUGCAUUCACGUUCUGGUACUGCGUCGAUGCGCAAGACUUGCUCUUCAGAUUGGACGGAGCUAGCAAUUACAAACAUGCGCCGAUGUCGAGCUUUGGCCUCACUUGUGGCAGUGCCGGUCUAUACGAUCAACAGGACAUUGCCCAAGCAAAUUGGUGAACAUGUCACUGCUGAGCCGGAUCGGCUGGAAGCUUGACAACGGGGACUCGUGCGUUGAGGUUGCCCCAGCUAUUGCAAGUCAUACUCCACCAAUUGCCGAUCCUGUU